UGCAGCAUCGCUCUUUCUGAGAAGAGAACCAACCUGAACCUCCCCUGGUGCAACAUGAGGCCAUUACCUCUCAUCUUUGCCUUCUUGCGAAAGCCACCAACACACACAGCAUGAAAACACUUCUUCAUUUUUCAAGGGAAGGAUCAUUUUUGCUGGCAAGCCCCUCGGAUGUGGGCUGUGCACCCCACGAUCAAUCCUGUUGGCAGGGGUGCUGGCAGCAUCCUCGGUGGCUCUGAGCAUCCCACUGCCUUCCUCCUGCAUCACUUUGUGGUUGAACCUCUGGGGUGAACUCCUUGAAGAAAGGAGAGCUUCAUCACAUAUCUGCUGAUGGAUGGGUGUGUAUUUACCUUGGCCUUCCCAUCUCGUGGCUGCGGGUAGUUAUCUGAGUGAUGAAUUCGUCCAUGCGAGGACCUUUGGAUCAUGGGGGCAGAGGGAAAGCAUCUAUUACUUCGGUUUGGCAUGGGGGGGAAGGAAUAACAGAGAGGAGCCGGGUGGUGGUUGCACAUCAAAGCCCAUUUCUUGGCCUAUCUCCUACAUUUCAUCUGGCCGUGGUGAAACUGCGGGCACAAGGAGCUGUCUUGCACAUCCCAGCCUCGUGUCUGUGUCUGCAGGGGGAGAAAGGAAUGUCUUGAUUUCUGCAUGCUGGGUGUGCUGCUCUCCUCCCUGCCUGCCCUGCCAGGGAUGCAUUCCUGCAGGGCAGAGAGCCCCAGGAUCCCUCAGCCACAGGUCACUGCCGUGCCACCAGGAACAGCAUCGGGGUGCAUGGGCACUGCCAGCAGUGUGGGAUCACUCGCUCUCCUCCUUCCCCCAUCCCCAAAGCUCUCAGUGUGUUCUCCAUGAGGGAACCUUUUGCCAGCAUUGUGCAACACCGGCUGUGUUUUCCUUGAACUUUGCUCAGCCUUUAUUCUGUACCACCAGGGGAAAGAGCAUUGCUGGUUCCCCGUGCACACCGCUGUCACAGCCCCGUUCAGGCUUUGUUCUGUGUGCUGUCACCUUGUUGUCCCUGGGGCAGCCAGGCAGCAUCAGCACAGCCCUCCAAGCAUCCGGCUGCCUCAGCCCCUGGCUGCCAGCAGAGCUGUCUCACAGUGCUCCAAAUGAGCAUUGUGGCACAGACAUGGGGGUGCACGAAUAUCAGGUGACAGCAUCUCCCCCUCACCCCCCAAGAAAUCCAUUGUGUCCCUCCAGCUCUUCUUACUCCACGGCUCUUCCAAGGCCUCAGUGCCAUCUGUCCCACUGAAAGCCAUCACUCAGAGCACUGAUGCCAUACCAGGCACUGAGGCUUGCUAUUUUAUAUUUUUCCCCCUUGGUUUUUGUUGCUCAGAUCCAGGUAUACUAAUCCCACAGCAUCAAACCAUCUGCUCACAGAUGGCAGCUGCUCCACAGGAUGGUAAAUUGAUGUCUACACUGAGUUGGGUUGCUUGGGAGGGGACAUGGAGGAGAAGACCCACAUCUGGAACCUUCACUGAGCUGGGUACAGAGAACUGCCUCAAGGGAAUGAGAGCUUGGUCUGGUGACAGCUGGUACUCAGACUUUUUAUAUCUAAAGAUUCUGCAGGUGGGGCAAAGCCACGUGCAUUGGGCAAAGCCAUCUAAUUUAGCCAAAGCUGCCUAAAGCAUGAAAAAAGCCCUUCCCAAAGCUGCUGAUUGGAGAAGCCUUUGUUCAAAUUUGUUUCAAUCUCUUGCAACCCAUAUGAACUCUAGAAAAAACUGCAAAUUUAAUCCCAUAAUGGCUUAUAUCUGGUGGGUUUGACUCUCCAUACUCUGCCUGUAGGUAUCACACAUCAACCCAGGGUGUCUGUGUUGUGCUGACUCAAGUAGAAACUGGGAAUUCCCCCUCCAGCAACGUAUCAACCCAAACGGGAGUGGGAAACACAAGACCCCUACAGACCCCUUUCUGUGCCCAAUUAACUCGUGCAUCCCCUUCCUGCCUGCCCAGCAGCCGCCACAGUGCAUCUUUGUGUGCAGACAGCCAUCCUCACCGCGGCACGGCGCGGUGCUCCUCAUAGGGCGGACAAUGGCGUGGGCAUGAAUGGAGAAUGCUCUCCUCUGUGGGGCUGACAACAGUGCUCUGUUCCCAGGCAAGUUGUCCUCGGGCUCCUGGGCACGUACUGCUCCCACCCCACACAGCCCCCGCUUUGAUCCCACUGCUGGCUGCUUGGGUUUCCUUACCGCUCCUCCAAAAUGCGGUGUGCCGAAAAGAUUGGAGGAGGUGAAACCAUCUCAGCCAACUUGACAGAGCAGAGAGGCUGAAUUGGCCACAAACCCUCAGGGCACAGUGGGUUUCAGCAUUUUCUCAUGGCAGUUCUGGGUGUUGUGGAGAAGUAGGGUACGAAUUGGAUGUGGGAGUCCAAGAUGGAAGUGAGGGGAAACUCAGAUUUUGAAUGACAAAAUAUGUGAAUUGAUAGAGCCCUUUUUUCCCUUUUCUACAUUUCUUUAAAUGAAGUUUUGAGGAAUGUCCAAACAUAGACAACUUCAGCCCAAAUGGAAUGUUAUCCCCCCAAAAGAAAAUUUAUGAGCAACUUAAGAAGAAAAGGCAGCAAGAAGAAACUGAAAGCCAGAUGUAACCAUAACAUUAGAUGGCUUUUAGCUUAGUGUCAGAUUGUGUAGGGGCUUUCACAGAGAACUUGGAGGUUUCUCCAAUAUCUGUAACGGGACAUUGAGGCAACUGUGAACUUUAGGUCACUUGGUGCCUGGACUGCUGCCCAUCUCCAAUAGGAGUGUCUGACCAUCUCCUUCAACUCUUGCUAUCAGCUGCUGGAAUGAGGAAGAGGGAACAGGCAGAAAUUCCAUGGAACCCUGCAAGCAGCACAGAGGCCCAUCCUAAAGGCACAAAGAGUGAACUGAGUGCAGUGCCCAUGCACACAGCCAUACACUGGCAUCAGCUGGUCUGCAAGCACAAGCCCACCUUAAUGCCUUCUGCCAUCCCAUCUCCUUUGCUCCCAAAGGGACCAGGACAUCCUGGCCACUAACACAGGGGUGUCCAUGCGUGGGCCGGGCAGAGCAGCCCCUCCUGGCCCCCUGCCCUGCACCCCAUGCAGCAUUGGGUCCUGGUGCUCUCCAGCAUGUUUAACUUCACUCUGUGUUUUGCCAGAGCCUGUUAUUAAGAAAUAAGGCUCUGCCUUUUUAUCAUUCCUCUGAGCGUCUGUCUGAUGUCAUUCUGUCUGGCAACCAAGCGAUCAAAAAGGAGCUCCCCUGGGAGAAAUUUCUCAAACAAACAGCCAGCAAGAAAAAAAAAUAAUACCCCAUUAAAUAUAAUACAACACAAGAAACCACAGUGUCUCCCUGAUAAAUGGAAAGGCGGUGUAGCUUAGAACACAAACACACAACCUUCUUCUAGCACCCUGAGCAGGGCGGCAGCGUGCCCUGUGCUCACCUGGGCCAUUUUCCUUACCCAGAGCUGAGUCACAGCCUGGGCUCACGUCAGCAGCAGUUCUGGCUCUUCAUGUUUUUAAGCAGAUUGGGUUUUCACUCUUGUAUAAAGCAUAUGCGAAGCAAAUUCUGGCUCUGCUCCUACAUACUCCCUACAUCUGCAGGGAUGAUGAACACCCUGCUGCCAACCCUUUGGAGUCCAUGGGUUCUAGUUUGGGCAGCUCUGAUUCCUCUUCCUCCUUUCUCCCUCCCUCCUUCAGUUCUUGUGGUGUUGGCAGAGCUCCUGGAGCCCUGCUUGCAGCAAUGGGCAAGGCUGAAGGAAGUCACAGAAUCAUAGCAUCGUUUGAGUUGGAAAGGACCCUCAAAGGCCAUCUAGUCCAACUGCCCUGUCAAUGCAAUCAAAGCAAAGCUCCCAGGUGGGAGAAGGAGCCCUAUAAUGCCAAAAUAUUUCACGGCCACUAAAAGGACAAAGCGCUGACUCGAAUCUGGAUUUGGAGAAUGAAGACAAGAGGAAUUUCUUUUUCAGCCUGUCAGAACAGAGGGUCUGAAAAGGAAUUGUUGUGGAACGGAGCGCGUGCCGAUAACAGCCACCCAUCCGAGCUGGAUGGCAGCUGACUGCUCUUGGAUCCGUCGUGCACACAUCUGUGGCUGAGAUCCUCCUUUCCAAGCUGCUGCUCCUCAGAGCACUUCACAGAGGUGAUUCUUCUUUGCAAGCCUCGUUCCCUCCUGCCUUGUAGAUCUCCCUGCCAUUUUCUUCCCUCCUGCAGGUCAGGGCAGCACGAGGAGUUGCAGCAGUCCCAGGGUACGAGUGCACAUGUGCACCACUGCCUUUUUUUUUCAGAGGGUGGGAAAACUUUUGGAAAGUCCUGGGAGAUUUCUCUUUUUUCCUGCUGCCUGAGGCCAGUUUCCUUCCUCGCAGAUUGCAGGGUCCCAGGCGGUGCAAACAGCCAGAGCAGCCCAACCCUGCAAUCCUUCCAAGGCAGCUCCGUGCAUCCCCUGCCACAGCUCUUCUCUUUGCAGUGAGAGGGGAAACUGAGGCACGGCUCUGACCUUCUCCUCUUGCAAAGGAGAUCUGCAGAGAGAUGGGGGCAAAUGACCCCUGUGCCAGGCAGUGACUUUGCUUCCCUUCUGCAGCCAGGAGCAGGGCAGGAGUGAGGCUGGUGGAACUCAGAGCAAUGUAAAGAUAAAUUCAAGCUAAAGCAGUCAUUCAUAUGUUCACUAUGGGACAGAGGUGUGUUGGUAAAUGGCAAUUUUGCCACACUCCUGCUGCACUUCUGCUCGCUUGCUGCAGGUGUAGCAUUCACCCCAAGCCCCACAUUGAACCCUUUUGGCUCUGCAGAGGUGAGUCCCUGCCUCUUCCCACCAUCUGCUGCUGUGGGCUUCUCUGCUCCUGUCUUGCAGGACUGCUAUCUCCCACGCUUGGCUCAGGGAGCUGAAAGGUUUUUCAAUCAUCUGCUAAUGAUAGGAGAGCAGCUUUUAUUCCCUCUCUCCCCCACUCUUGGCAGGAAAGGUGGAAUGCAGAGCGCGAGAGGAGCAGCCACCUUUCAGGCCAACAGCUGCUUUGGGGGAUGGGUUAGAUAAAUGUGCAGGGUUUCCAAUCAGCCCCACAUACCUCGGUCAGAAGGCUUCACUGGAGCAUAACGUGGGGGAAUGGCUGCUGAUAACACCGUGUCCAUCCCCACAAACUUUCCUGGAGGAACCCACACCACCGGAGGGGACUGCAGUGGCUCACAGCCUGACCCGACCCCAAAGGGCAGCGAUGCAGAUGGCAAUGGGAAAAUCAGGUCAGCGUGCUGAAGGUCAGAGGGAUCUCCUCCAAACCAUCUCUUGCUGCUUUUGGAUGCUAAGAGGAACCAACUCUGCAUUGAAGCACAAGGCAGGACCAAGGUCCUUAAUAUCUCCCUUCCCUCCUUUGCUGCACAGCACAGAUCCCCCUUCCAACACAUGCACGAGAGCAGAGCCGAACCGUUCGCACAGAAAACAGGUUGCCCUGAGAUGCUCUGAAGGAUCAGAAACUCUUUCACCGCUCAGGCUUUGGGUUCUUUCUCUAACCUUCCCAGCCAGGAUCUGGCUCUGUCUCCUCCAUCACCAGCACUGCCCAUCCAUCUGCAAGGGGCUGGAAGCAUUGGGAAACUGAAGCUUGGAAAGAAGCAGAGGAGCAGACGAAGGACUGAAUCCUGAGGAUGCAAAGUGCUUUGCGUAUCCCAUGCAGCCAGACAGCCUCUGGUCCAGCAAAGCAAUGGAAUUUCUUGCAAAUAUGCAUUUUUCAGAUCUAUCCCCUACAAGCCAGUCCUGAUGUCUAGAACAAGGAGGACACAGCUGUGCCUGCAUCUCCCACCCUACUGGCAUCCAUUGGCUGCAUCCAUCCAUCUCCCUGCGCUUUAUCAACAUCUCCAGCCUCCGUGCCACGAGGGAAAUGUCAUCGGGUUUUUAUCUCCUCUCUGCUCUGGGCUUAUCAGUGAUUUGUUUAAUUCGAGUUUAUGGCUUUCCUUGUUCAUUUUGUCACUCGGUUUCCUCAAUCCCGACGGCUGCCGAAAGGAGACAAUGAAAUUUCAGAUAAAUAUAUAAAUA